GGGGUUCAAAGGUUCUGACAUCGUGAAAUGCGCAGACUGAGCCACUGGGACUCGUGUCUUGAAACGCAAAUACUGGACGCGAUUACUAGGCGGCAUGGUAGAGACUCGCUCCCUUUUCUACAACACGACUAACAGACUAAAUCUGAUAGUCAUAGCUUGACAACAAACAUCAAAUCCCAGACGUCAAAGAACAAACCUCAGAUAACCAUAAUCAAAUAAUAAACGUCUAAAAACUGCCGAUCCCACAAAUGGACGCAGAAUCUGGAACAUCUGAGAUGCUUUCAGUAUCCGAUAUUGACGCUGGGCCCGGUCCUGGACACGAAAGCGGAAAAAUAUCUGGCGUCGACGGGGGAGAAGACAACGGAAGUGUAGCUGUAGCUGCACUUGAGCCACAAGCAGAUACAGAAUCGGAUUUCGCUUCAAUUGAAGCUCUUCUCGGACUUGACUGCGUCUCAGAAGCAGAAGCGGAAGCAGCAACACUACCAGGAUCAGGCGCAAACAAAUACCCUUACAUACAUGACGAAAACUUCACUUUUCCAUCAGAUUCAUUUACCGCGUCAUCGUCUUCUGCUUCUGCAUUUCCAACAGAUUCAACCCUGUCUGCGGAAGAAGCGUUUUUUGCGUAUUCGGAACUUGCAGUUCCCGAGUCGAUGAAUACUCCAAACACUGAGCGUUUACCGCAUUUGGCAUAUUUGGAGAAUCCGACAAACUCUGCAGGUGUAGCAGGUCCAGCAAAUCCAGCAAAUCCAGCAGGUCAAGCGCAUUCGACGUAUCGAGUAAAGUCAGGAGAAUUGACAGACUCGGUAGCACCGACGGGCUCAGCAGGCUCGGUACAUCCGGCAGUGUCAGCGCGCAUGGAUGGCUUACCGCCUCAUGCCCAAACUGCAGUACAAUCUGGAGGACAAUCAGGGCUUCAAGGCGGAAAAAUUGCAGGAAAUAUCUUUCCUAACGCACAUAACAUGGCCAAUGCGAAUAAUACCGAUGGGAGCCUGGUCAUGAACGCAACCAGCGGACCGAACGGGAUGGAUGGAGCGGGCGAAAUGUCCAGCAUGGCAGAACGACGAAUAAUGGCACAAAUGAUGAAUUUCAUUAGGCAGGCAUUUAUCAAAAAUAAUCGGCUAAAUGCUGGUGGUGCCGUACCUGCGCGGUGUAAUAUGCAGGGCAAAGCUCAAAUGCAUCAUCAAAUGCCGGAUUGGGCGUCAAUGCCAGAUCAGACGGCUUGUCAAGCUGGUCAACAUGUCAGACCAGCAGGGCCAUCACAACACCAACCUCAACGAGAACAAGCACAGGGGCAACAACAGCAGCAACAGCAACGACAGCAAGCACAAGGAAAAGCACAAGGAGCAAAACCCGAUUCUGAAGGGCUACCUAUCUCUGCUGCUAAUCCCUUGACUUCCCAGAACGGAAUCGCAGUUGCGACAAAUGGCGCGAAUCAGAGGGAAGUAAAUGCAAACGCAGAAGUAGAAGCAUCAAAUGCAGAAGUGGGAAAUAUACCUAAAUCGAGUAAUAAACUUGACACUGCUACCGCCGCCGUCAUGCCAGCAGGCUCCGAGUCGAAUCCACACGCAUAUGUUGCGCCAGUGGCGAACAUGCGACGAGAUACUGUCCACACCAAUAAUGACAAGGAGGGUAUCAACAAGAGCACUGGCAAUUUGCCAAAUCCGGUUGCGCAGGUGCAGUCAAACAAUUCGAACAAUUGGAUGAUGGCGACCAAGGAGAUGCAAAUGGACAUUGACGAAGACGGUGACGAAGACUACAACACGUACCUCGAGUAUAAAGAAAAAGGAUACGGAGGAGUUCUGCAUCCUGGAUGGAAAUUUGGCGCUGAUGACGCAUCUAAAAAGCGCAACGAGAGGAAAAAGCCACAGCCGAAGCAGAAUAAGAAGAAGCAAGCAAGCCAACCUCAAAGCAAAGAAAUUCCCGUGGAAGGAAAUACUGCGAAAAAGCCAGAGGUGAAUGAAGAAACAUUCGAGCAAUUCAAAAAGGGACUGGAAGAAAAGUGCCAGGCUGGGGAGAAGAGAAAAGCCAUAGGAGAGCCAUGUGGUGAUGAUAACGGCAAUGACGGGGGAAAGAGGCAGAGUGAUCAACCAGUACAGAAGGAGAACCCACAGCCGCAGCCGCAGCCGCAAAAACCUCCUGCGCGUAAAAGAGCUCGUACGACCGGAUCCGGAAAACGCGGCAUAACACAAGACGACGCAGAGGAUCAGAGUCUUUUCGUAAGUGAAGGUGAAGAUAGUCCUUGUGCGCUUGCUCAGCCUCAUUCACCUGCCCGUCAGACAAAGGCAGCUCCGGCGAACGACACCAAGGAAACCAAGGAAGCCGAGGAAGCCGAGGAAGCAAAAGAAACAAGAGAAGCAAAAAAAGUGGUUGAAGUUCGAGAUUUAAAGCAACAACCUGCUGCUCAAGCGACAAAGGUAUGAAAACCAAAAUCCUUUGGAUCGGGUAGCUCAAAGUUGAAAAGCGAAUGCUAAGAAUCGUGGACAGGAAGCUUCAAAAAUUGCGUCAGAGCCUGAGAAAGAACCUGAUAGUGCUGGUAAAAAAGCGCCUCCUCAGGCCACGGCUGUGCCACCUCCCAAUACUGGUAAAAAGGCACCG